AUGCAUUUUGGGUUAACAUACCAAAACAUUCGUGCUUUGGCCUACGAAUGCGCAGUCAAGCUGGAAAAGAAACACCCUCCUUCGUGGGAUACAAGCAAAAUGGCAGGCGAAGACUGGUUAGCUGCUUUUAUGAAAAGAAACCAAAACUUAUCCCACAGAAAACCUGAAAAUACUAGCCUCGCAAAAGCUAAUGCUUUUAAUCCAACUAAUGUGAAACAGUUUUUUGACAAUUAUAGGAAACUAAUGGAGAAAUACAACUUCACGCCAGACCAGAUUCUAAACUGUGACGAAACAGGAAUAACAACUGUUGUACAGGCCCCUAAAGUACUUUCCGCCGCACAAAGCGGAAAGAAGCAGGUUGGGCAGGUGGUUUCUGGGGAGUGUGAUACAUUAUUAACAUUCUGCGGAAUUAUAGCGGUUUCUGGAGUUUCCUUGCAAGAAGCAUAA